AUGACUACAAGAACAGCAAACAGUUCAAACGAUGAUCAACAACCAGAGACGCUCACUCAAAGGAUGUCUACAAGAACAGCAAACAGUUCAAACGAUGAUCAACAACCAGAGACGCUCACUCAAAGGAUGUCUACAAGAACAGCAAACAGUUCAAACGAUGAUCAACAACCAGAGACGCUCACUCAAAGGAUGUCUACAAGAACAGCAAACAGUUCAAACGAUGAUCAGCAAACAGAGACCCUCACUCAAAGGAUGUCUACAAGAACAGCAAACAAUUCAACGAUGAUAAACAAACAGAGACGCUCACUCAAAGGAUGUCUACAAGAACAGCAAACAGUUCAAACGAUGAUCAACAAACAGAGACGCUCACUUAAAGGAUUUCUACAAGAACAGAAAACAGUUCAGCUGAUGAUCAGCAAACAGAGACGCUCACUCAAAGGAUGUCUACAAGAGCAGCAAACAGAUCAAACGAUGAUCAACAACCAGAGACGCUCACUAAAAGGAUAUCUACAAGAACAGCAAACAGAUCAAACGAUGAUCAACAACCAGAGACGCUCACUAAAAGGAUGUCUACAAGAACAGCAAACAGAUCAAACGAUGAUCAACAAACAGAGACGCUCACUCAAAGGAUGUCUACAAGAACAUCAAACAGUUCAACUGAUGAUCAGCAACCAGAGACGCUCACUCAAAGGAUUUCUACAAGAACAGCAAACAGUUCAACUGAUGAUCAACAACCAGAAAUACUCACUCAAAGGAUUUCUACAAGAACAGCAAACAGUUCAACUGAUGAUCAACAACCAGAAACACUCACUCAAAGGAUGUCUACAAGAACAGCAAACAGUUCAACUGAUGAUCAACAACCAGAAACACUCAUUCAAAGGAUGUCUACAAGAACAGCAAACAGUUCAACUGAUGAUCAAGAACCAGAGACGCUCACUCAAAGAAUGUAUAUAA